AUGCGUCCUUCUCUGUUCAAGAAAGCUAUUGUGGCUUCUGUCGUUGUUUCUGGUGCUGUCAAUGGGUUUAAUAUUCUCAUCACUGUUUGUUUACAUCAAACCCACUUGUGAAUUCCUAGAGUUAUACUGAUACGUCUAGUAGAAUGACGAUGGUUUCGGAACUGCAAAUAUCCGCGAAAUGUACAAGGCCAUCAAAGCCUACGGACACCAAGCAGAUAUCGUAGCAUCCUCUUCGAAUCAGAGCGGCAUGGGGGGAAUUGCCAAUUAUGCAGGAAGCAAGAACCUGACUGCCGAUACCGAGUUCGGUAAGCCAUUUUCUCAUGAGAAGUUCAGAAUUGAGGACUCAUAUAUACACCAUAUAGGAAUCGUGAAAGCAGGUGCACCAUCUAUAGGACCUGAUCCAAAUGACUCCCACAUCUGGUACUUUAAUGGCACUCCCUCCGCCUGCGUCCAAGUAGGACUCGACUACGUCCUGCCCCGCUACGCCAACUUCAGCGUCCCAGAUCUCGUCCUCAGCGGUCCCAACUACGGUCUCAACCUAG